GAUCUAACUCGUUUUAGUUUUUACUAUCGUUGUAUUUUAUUCUCCUUGAGCAUGUGUGUUUAUAUAUAGCACAACAGUACUGUGUCCAUUCAUUUGCUAGUGGGAAAGAAUCUUGUAGUUGCCUUCACACUGUUUCACUAACUUCAACUUACUUUCUCAUUUCAGAUCUCUGCCAAUCCAAUCUCAUUUGGUCAAUAAUAUUGUUAUCAUUUGGUUUGGAGUAACGGAAUCUGAACGUAUCGAAUCUCGGAAAAGAGCCUUGGAAGAUACAACUUUCACCUAUUUAACACGACAGAGAUUAAUGAGAUCUUUUUCUUCUGGAAAUUAAAGUGGAGAGGGAAACCGUUUUCAACGAGUGAAAUCUAUAUCAAUUAUGAAGGGGAAACCAGAUGGAUUCCAGAAGAGGCACCUGCUUCCUUUAGUAGCUGUUGUCGCAAUCUUGCUAUUUCUGUUUUUUUAUUUUGGCUCCCACAGCAGUGGUAAAUCCGCAUUAGAGUAUGGAAGCCGGUCUCUAAAGAAACUUGGAUCAUCUUAUUUGGGUAGUGAUGAGGAUACAGAUUCCAGACAAGAAGACGCGUCACUCAAAUUGGGACUGGAUGAUACUGAAGAUGGUACAGUAUCAAAGAGUUUCCCUGUUUGUGAUGAUAGGCAUUCAGAAUUGAUACCAUGCCUGGACAGGAAUCUAAUAUACCAAACAAGACUGAAACUGGAUCUUUCUUUAAUGGAACACUACGAAAGACAUUGCCCGAUGCCUGAACGACGGUUAAAUUGCUUGAUUCCGCCCCCACCAGGGUAUAAAAUCCCAAUAAAGUGGCCAACAAGCAGAGAUGAGGUGUGGAAAGCAAAUAUACCUCAUACUCAUCUUGCAAGCGAGAAAUCUGAUCAGAAUUGGAUGGUUGUCAAAGGUCAGAAGAUCAAUUUUCCUGGCGGAGGGACUCAUUUCCACUAUGGAGCUGAUAAGUACAUUAAAUCACUUGCUAAUAUGCUGAACUUUUCAGACGACAACAUAAACAAUGAAGGAAGAUUACGAACAGUUCUGGAUAUUGGUUGUGGUGUUGCAAGUUUUGGGGCAUAUCUUCUUUCAAAUGAUGUGCUCACCAUGUCUGUAGCACCUAAUGAUGUGCAUCAGAAUCAAAUUCAGUUUGCAUUAGAGAGAGGGAUUCCCGCAUAUCUUGGGGUCUUAGGGACACAGAGGCUUCCCUACCCUAGCAGAUCAUUUGAACUCGCUCACUGUUCUCGUUGUAGAAUUGAUUGGCUGCAAAGGGAUGGAAUCCUCCUCCUUGAGUUAGAUAGACUGCUCAGACCUGGAGGUUAUUUUGCCUACUCCUCACCCGAAGCAUAUGCACAAGACGAAGAGGAUCUUAGGAUAUGGAAAGAGAUGAGUGCACUUGUGGAACGCAUGUGUUGGAAAAUAGCUGUGAAAAGGAACCAAACUGUCAUAUGGGUCAAACCACUAAACAAUGAUUGUUACAUGGAAAGAGAGCCUGGUACUCAACCACCUCUAUGCAAAUCUGAUGAUGAUCCAGAUGCAGUUUCGGGUGUACCAAUGGAAGCAUGCAUCACCUCCUACUCUGAUCGUGAUCAUAAAACUGGAGGAAGUGGACUUGCACCUUGGCCUGCACGCCUAACUGCCCCACCUCCAAGGCUUGCUGAUUUUGGUUAUUCAAGUGAAAUAUUUAAAAAAGACACGGAACUUUGGCAGAAAAGGGUUGACAAAUACUGGGACCUAUUGAGUCCGAAGAUUUCAUCUGACACCAUAAGGAACGUAAUGGACAUGAAGGCAAAUCUAGGGUCAUUUGGAGCUUCACUAAAGAAUAAGGAUGUCUGGGUGAUGAACAUUGUCUCCGAAGAGGGACCCAACACACUCAAGCUGAUAUAUGAUAGAGGCUUAAUUGGUUCAAUCCACAAUUGGUGUGAAGCCUACUCAACUUAUCCCCGAACAUAUGACCUGCUCCAUGCCUGGACCGUGUUUUCUGACAUCGAGAAAAAAGGUUGUAGUGGCGUAGAUCUCCUGAUUGAGAUGGAUCGCAUCCUGAGGCCAACAGGUUUUGUUAUAAUCAGGGACAAGGAACAUGUUAUCAAUUUUGUAAAGAAGUAUUUGACUGCAUUACAUUGGGAAGCAGUGACAACAGAAUCAUCUUUAGAAGACCAAGACGUCGAUGAAGUUGUACUUGUUAUCCAAAAGAAGUUGUGGCUCACAAGUGAGAGCCUGAAAACAGCAUAGUUGAAACUUGGUCUACACUACAGUAUACUUUUAUGCCCCUAGGAGCCAUAUGGGGUAACCAGUGUUUGUGGUAAAAUUCUGCAAACUGUUUCUCUUCUAUUUAUUACACAAUUUGAUAUAGUUGAUAAAUUAUAGACUACAGUCCUUGUUUUUUGUAUUAUACACGUUUUGCCAUUAAAUGGUAGCCCCGUGCAAGUGAAUCAAUAAUUAUUCUUCGAA